CGUCUGCAGCUACGGCGGCGCAGCGCCCCAGACGCGGCGGCGGGACCUACUGGGACCCUCGCCCACCGCGCCCCAGCGGCCACCGCCGAUCGGGUCGCCGGGCCGGGACUCGCGCGUGUGUACCGGCGGCCCGGCUGGCGCCGACCCCGGAGCGGACAAGCAGCAGCUCGAGCGCUGCGGCCGCCGCUUCCCCGCUGACCCCGCGCAGAAGCACACAGCUCCGGCACCGCAGAAAGACAACUUGCCCUUUGUUCCCAGCCACCUGGGGUGUUGUUUACUUUCUCCUGCGGCCGGCGGCCGGGCGGGCGCUGUUGGCUACUCCGGAGAGGGGCUCACGGGCGGCGGCACUGACCCCCGGGGCGGCGGUGCGGAAGCCGGAACGCGGUGGCUGCCGCCUCCCUGCAAGGGGUGGGUCCUCCAGCGGCCUCUCCUUUUGGGUCUGGGUUGGGAAAAGCUGGUGUCAGGCUCGGACAUCCAGGCACCCACUUGCUCCUCUCAGCCCCUGCACCCGCUUUCCCAGCCCCAAGAUCCGAUCUAAAGCCUCUGGGCUCUCAGUGCUGGUGCUGAGAAAUGUGCUACCCGGGGCAGACAGGUGCACUGCAGGGGCUGGCAGGAAAACGACGUCUGUCGGUCUAGAAGGAUUGACGGAUGUUGUUCCGGUGGCCCAGAACCCUCUACCGCCGGGACCGCCGCCACCACCAUCGAGAGCGGGACGAGCUGUUGAAAUUUUGUCAGGGACAACAGCGAGGUCAGGGGCUUCGUUCCACCUGGGAAGAACAUUGAAGACUGGCAGUGUCAGAGAUCUAAGGCUGUCAGAGAUGACUCUGGUCCUGUCCAUGAAUAGAUUCUGUGAGCCCAUUGUCUCAGAAGGAGCUGCUGAAAUUGCCGGGUACCAGACACUAUGGGAGGCUGACAGCUACGGAGGCCCGAGCCCUGCAGGGCCAGCCCAGGCCCCUCUGCAGGGAGACCACGGAGCCCGUCCCCCACUGGCAGGAUCACAUUACAGGGGAAUUUCAAAUCCUAUAACAACAUCCAAGAUCACAUACUUUAAGAGGAAGUAUGUGGAAGAAGAGGAUUUUCACCCACCACUCAGCAGCUGUAGCCAUAAAACCAUCUCAGUUUUUGAGGAACGAGCUCACAUCCUUUAUAUGUCCUUAGAAAAACUAAAGUUUAUCGACGAUCCUGAAGUGUACCUCCGAAGAUCUGUCCUUAUAAACAAUUUGAUGAAAAGGAUCCAUGGAGAAAUUAUCAUGCAGAAUAACUGGUGCUUUCCUGCCUGCUCUUUCAAUGGCGCCUCUGCCCAGGAAUGGUUUAUGGCUCAAGACUGUCCAUACCGAAAACGACCACGGGUGGCCAAAGAGGAGUGUGAAAAGUUUCAUGCCUGCUGCUUUUACCAAGAAUGUGGUGGCCACUACCUAAAUUUACCCCUUUCUGUCAAUGCUAAUGUUGGAAGUGCCUCCACAACCUCUUCCUCUUCCUCUUCCUCUUCCUCUCCCCUUAUGCCUUUACCGAGUUGUUCCCACCAGGUGGAUUUCAGUGUAGGCAGUGCACCUAUUUACAAGAGUGAUGACCAGAUACCUGCCAAUGAAAUAUUUGUUACUAAUGUCAGGUCGCUUGGUGUUCAGGAAAAGGCCAAAUUAAAUGACGAGAAAGCAAAUAAUGACACUGACAGGGAUGGUGGCCCCCUAAGCCAUGAACCUAUGGGAAAUGACCUUGCUUUUGAGUGCAAAGGCCAAUUUUAUGAUUAUUUUGAGACUGGAUGUAAUGAAAAAAGCAUUGUAAGCGAGUCUUGGAAAAAGUCCUUAAGGAAAAAGGAGCCUUCAUCAAGUAACAAACUGUGCUGCAGCAAAGGAAGUAAAAUAUGAGCCAUCUUUUCACUGAAACUUUGAAGCAUGCACAGCAUGAUCAGUUAGCUCUCAUAAAUUUUAUUUUGAAUGGAUUUUAUGGUUUUGUACAACUGAUAAAAUUAUGCCAUGAACAUGCCGUGUCGUUUUCAUGCCUGGAGAGCAGAUUGCAUAAAACAUCUGUAUAAUAGGCAUCAGCAAGCUACUUAUAAAUGUGGUGAUUUUACCAAGAAAACAGUUGACUCAAUGCUUACAAGCAUAUCUUAAUUUUCUUCCAGAAAAGAUUGGUAGAUUAGAUUGGGGGACAAUGUGCCCUUGUGAUAUUCCCAUUGCCCUCCAAGGAGCCUGUCACUGGCUAAGAAAUUUCAACAUGUUUGCCAAUUAAUUAGGUAGUUAUUUGGUAAGCAAAUCAAUGUAACCAGCAAAGGAUGUCUGCUUCUUCUAUAUGAUACAGUAUUUUUUUUUUCUGAAUAAAAGACAAAAGACAGGGAGCUUGAUGAGAUAGCUUCAUGUUGCUGUUAAGUAUUUGUAUUUAACAGUUGGUGUGACAGAUGAAAAUAGAUGUUACAUAAUGAAACACCUGUCUAGGGGCGGCAAUCAACAAAACACGUAAAGGGCAAUCCCUGCAGGUUCCUGGCUUGCCUGUGACGGGUGACAAGGCUUUUAGAGAGGUGUUACGCAGGGCGAUUUUCGGUGCCUUACUUUAUCUUAAUUUUUGCCAGUGUGAAAAUUAAGGAUAAAUCAGAGUUACAGCAGGGAUUUAACAAACAGGAAAAAAAACACAGGGUGGAUCAAUAUUGUUUGAAAACUGUUAACUUUGAACUAUUGUGUUCAACUUUUGAUUCAACAUCUCUAUUCUUCCUUUAUUUUUGAUGCCCAAUUGCUUUUGGAUUUGGCAUUUUUAGAAAGGGAUGGAGGAAACAAUAGAGAUCUGUUAGAAACCAGCACUAGCUGCUUGAGCUUUUCUAUGGCAACAGUCUGUUGCUAGGGUUUGGGUCUUUUGGGUUUUGGGUGGUUUGGUUUGGUUUGGUUUGGUUUGGUUGUCCAAUGAAGUUCAUGAACCAGUGGCAUGCAUUAUACUUUAAUCCAUUUUGCAUCAUUUCACUUGUUUAGAUUAUAAAAGCAUGUGGUUUUUUUUUAUAUAUGACUUCUGCUGUUGAUUAAAAAGCACAAUGUUAAUAAACGAUGUGAUCAAUAAGGUUUUAUCCUAAAGAAUGUAAAGAUUUCAGUUUUUGGAAAGUUAUUUUGGAGAAAUGGGACUUAAUCUGUAAUGGUUACUGUGUAUUUGGUCAACAUUUAUCUCAGUAAUUUCUUUAAUUUGUAUAUUUGCAAGAGUGUUCAGAGUGCCCCUCUGACCAUCCUUCCUUGCACUCCAGCUAACUCCUGCUAAAGUGUAUUCCAAUUUCCAAGGUUACUAAUUGACUUGGACUUCCUUAAAUAAUACUUCACAGGAACCAAAUGCCAAAUGGAGGAAAUAAGUAAGUCCUCCCAAUUUCUCCAAGAUAAAAGCUUUUUUUAUUAUUGCUAUUAAUAUUAAAUAUAGGUCUCAUUCAUACAAUGUAUGAGUAGGAUCAUCAUUUGGACAACUGUCCACAAGGACCAAUUUUUAAAACAUAUUCUUGUGUUAUAGGUAAAUAGUCUAGUAAUGUUUGUUCUUUAUUUUCAAUAUUUGAUAAACAUUUGAUGUUCAAAACUUAGAUGAUAGAUGCUUGUAUAUGACUGUGUUGUUGUAAUAAAGUGAGGUUUUCUUGAUAUAUUUAUUAAAAUUAUCAAAAUUCAGUAAGCUUUUUUUUUUUUUUAAUGCUUCUUGGCUAUAGUUCUUUUUUCUGUUUUCUUCCUCUUUCAAAAAACUCAAAAUGCCUUGAAACUGGACAGUGACCACAAAGAAGUUCUCAAAAUAAGGAAGUAAUUUAAGAAGCCAAUUUAACAGGUGUUUUAGAAUGGUUCUAGUUUGUAAGUUUAGAUUUCCACCAAAAAAGAUUGCACAGCAUGAAGCCACAAAUAACCAAAUCCUAGGUGAUUCCUUUAUGAAAUGUCAAAUUGUUAAGAAGAUGACCCAUGUAUAAAUGGUUAAAACAACUACAUGUUAUUGCUAGUAGUAAUCUAUACAAUUCUGCAUUAUUGUUAUUCUUAAGAGUUAAUAUUUUAUUUGAUAAUGGGGAAAGCUAGUUGAAAGCUAAUUAACUUGCCAAAUGUAGUAUUCUGAGUGUAUUAAGUCAUGGAGAUUUAAAUAUGAAAGAAAGGACGACUUUUGCUUUUUAAAUGCCUCCAACAUUAUCAGAUAAUGUUUUUCUUGAUGGCCAAAGCUUUAAAAUGAAGGAGUCGGUGGUUUUCCACAGUGCCAAGCUGAGCUUACGCAUCUGCCCACUGGAAUUGCUUCUUUGCAAACUCAGUGGGGCCUUUGGAUCCAGCAGCCUAAACAUCCUGAAAUUUUUAGUCAAUAAGUUUUUGUUUCUCAGACAUUUCCAGGGUACUAAAUGAAAUGCUUUUCUUCACCACCAAAAAGUAAUCCCUAAAACCCUAUUUUUAUGACAGCUCCUUAAAUCUGAAGUCAUUUCAUUUGUAGUUAAUGUCAUCACAUCCCUGCCAAUUUUACUUGCUUUUAAAAAGCAAGGAUUCAGUAUGACAUUAACAAUGAUGGUUAAAACUAGAUGCAGAACUGUCCCAUGAAGAGAAGAAUGAAAUCAGUAUUUAAAUAAUAAAAGAAUAGACAAUGUAUGGUUUCUAGUCAUUCAUUUUAAGAUUGCUAUGUUUUGAUUCUGUGGCUUAAAAUAAGGGCUCUAAGGAUUUUUAAUUUACUACUAGAUGUCGCCAUUGCUUUCUUAGGGUUAUUCUGCAUAAUCAAGGUCUGCCUGGUGGGAUAUAUUCUCUUCACAUGGCUUAAAGGUUUCCAUUUUAUGUGAUAAAGCUCCAUGACCUCGGGUGAAACAGUUACUGUUUUAGAGAUUGUUUCCAGCUACACACUUAGGAAAAGCACUUGCAAAGAUGUAAGUUAUGAACACUUGAAUCUCGUAUCCUGCUAUAAAGUGUAUCAGCAAGUGAGUUUAAUAAAACAUGCUGUUUAAAAUAGUCUGUAAUUUCCUGUUUCUGCAUUUCCCUUCAGUAUCUGUGACAGGCUGAAGAACGAUGACUAAAUGAAGGGAAUUUACACAAGUGAGUCUGCUGUUGUUUGCAAACCAUUGCCAUGAGCUUCAUCUUCUUUGGUAAACAAUU